AUGACGCCAUUUCAGGCAACUACCUCAGCUUCCAUCCAGCAAGUUACUUCAGCUCAGGACCAUGCAGAUGAAACAGCUCUUCAAGACGAUGCAGUUUCCAGGACACCACCUCCUAAAAGUAGUUCUCUUAGUUCCUCUGCACCACAAACACCAGCUGCAAGCCAUGCAACUCCUGUCACUGCAAGUGCCACCAGUGUUUCCUCUCCGGUAGCUGUUCCGGGUGCUGCAAGGGAAGAGGAAAUUACCAACUUCUCUGGACUUUCCAGCAUUGGAGCCAUGUCUUUGGCUUCUGAAUUCGGAAAGAAAAAUAUUUUGGGUUUUGAUGACCGGGGUAGUGGUAUGGCGCAGUCUCCUGUGUCCUCUAUAAGUAGUAGAGUAAUCUUGCUACAGGCUGCGAAGGCUAGUGAUGGACUUGAAUCGGCUGAUACUGAAGUUGUUGGCGAUGCUGCAACUCUGGGCAGCAGAGUUUUUACUUCUCUUGUGGUUCCGGGUAUUCAAUGGAGACCUGGAAGUUCCUUCCAGAACCAGAACGAGGCAGGGCAGUUUCGUGGAAGAACUGAGAUUGCUCCUGAUCAAAGGGAGAAAUUUCUACAACGAUUUCAGCAGGUACAGCAGCAAGGCCAGACUAAUCUUCUUAAUAUGCCUUCUCUUGCUGGAGGGAAGCAGUUUUCUGCUCAGCCACGGAACCUACUCUUACAGCAGCGGUGUUGCAACAUCUGCUUCGCUGCUGCCGCAGCCAAGUGCGACCCACCAACCAUCAAACAGCAGCCAAUCAUAUUGCAAACAUCUAAGGAUGCAGAAACUGGGCUCACAAAAGUUGAGGAAUUGCUGCAGCAACAGCCCAUCAUUGAAGAUGCAUCCACAGAUUCUGGUUCCAACACUGGGCCUGGGAAAAACCUCGUGCAAGAAGAUGAACUGAAAACUUCUUACCCUUUAGAUAACGCGGCCACUGAUGCUGCUGGUUCACUUGUUGAACCUUCACAAGUGAUACGAGAAACAGACCUAUCCCCAGGGCAACCUUUACAGCCAACUUCAUCUUCUGGAAGCCUUGGCUUUAUUGGUCGGCGAAGUGUAUCUGACCUUGGUGCUAUUGGAGAUAGCAUCAGCCCUUCAACUGCAAAUUCUGGAGAAAUGCAUGAUCAGUUAUACAAUUUGCAGAUGCUCGAGGGUGCUUAUUUUAGACUUCCUCAACCUAAAGAUUCUGAGAGAGCAAGGACCUAUACUCCAAGGCACCCUGCGAUCACCCCUCCAAGUUAUCCUCAAGUACAGGCACCUACUGUCAAUAAUCCAGCCUUCUGGGAGCGGCUGGCACGGAUACACUUUUCUUUUCAUUUUAUUUUCAACAGAAUACUUACCAGCAAUAUUUGGCUGCUAAGAAAUUGA